AUGAAGGCUAACAAGUUUGAAUUUCCAAAUAGCUUUACAGCACUUCCAAUCAAUUUCCAGAAACUGUUCUAUAAACCACAACCAGAAACAAUUGUGGAUGAUCAAAUUAUCACCAUUGAGAAUUUCUUCAGUGAAGAAGUAUGUAAUGAUCUUAUCAAGGCUGUAGAGAAAUCACCAGCAAUUAAUUUGGAAACUACACCAUUGAUAAAGAGUAGAGAGUAUGCAGCCAGGUUCAACGACAGAUGUCUGACUACAGACUUUGAUGCCACAAAAAGUUUAUGGCUGUAUUUACAACAAGUACUCCUUAACGAUGUUGGGUAUGAGGAUGAAGACUUAGAUUCCAUCAAGGAAACAUUCAAAAAUGCUAUAUUCUUAAACCCACAGCUCAGAAUGUAUAGAUACCGUAAGGGACAUCAUUUUGGCAAACAUUAUGACGAAUCCGUGGUGUGUCCUCUUGAGGAAUCUUCCAACCCACCGAAAGGUCGAACCAAAUGGACGUUACUCAUUUACUUGACUGGUGGAGAUGAAUUUGUAGGAGGUGGAACUAUCUUCCACCCAGAUUACAGAGGUGUUAAACCAUUGAAUAUUCAUCCAACCAAGGGAAUGGCUCUUCUCCACAAACAUGGUGAUGAUUGUUUAAAACAUGAAGCAGAAAUUGUACAUAAAGGUGAAAAAUGGGUUUUAAGAAGCGAUGUUGUGUAUAAAAAAUAA